AGCUUGUGUGCAAUAGAGCCGAGUUUGAGUUCGAAUUAAUCGAAUCAGAUGUGGCCGAUGAGGAGCCUCAGAUGACGUGCUUCCUGCCCUGGGUACUGACUCACUCGGUGAUCAUUGUGCUCAGCCUGCUGUUCGUCUUUGAUGCCUUGUCGCUUUCCUUCAAGACGGGCAUUGGGCUGUUUAUACUCAGCUGCCACCUGUUUAUCAUCCACGCACACUACGGAUUCGCGUUCGAGCGAUCGGAGACAAUCAAUAUGAACCUGAAGGCGGAAUAUGCACACACCUGGUACCUGCUUGCCUACUUUACAGUACUCUCUGUCAAGCAGCGUCACUCCACGUACAUCAACAAGGCGAUCUUUUUCACUCGAGACCGCUACGAGAAGACGCGCAAGCAGACAGAGGACUCAACAAAGUCCAUCAAGAUCAUUAUGCUGAACAUGUUGCCCUCGCAUGUGGCCGAUAACUUCCUGGAGCGACGGCGCAACGAUCAGCUCUUCUAUGAGAACUUCAAGAAUGUGGCCGUGAUGUUCGCAAGCAUCGAGAACUACCAGGCUGAUCGGGCUGGCAUCCGAGUGCUGCACGAGUUCAUCUGCUACUUUGACGAGCUGCUGAUGAACUUUGCUCGCAAGUACAAGAUCGAAAAGAUCAAGGUGAUGCACUGGACAUACAUGGCUGCCUGUGGCCUUGAGGCGGCAAAUUACAUUCCUGUCAGAAAAGAGGAAUCGGAACUUAGCACGAGAUCAAAUAGCGUAAGCGUCGGGUCCAACGAAUCUUCAGAACCUGUCUCUUUGGUGGAUGACGACGAGGUCGUUUUGGUCAUGACCGAUUUUGCUGUCCAUCUGUUGCGCAUCAUGAACAAUAUCCAAGUGGAGGACAUCUUCUACGAGCUCGAUCUGCCGAAAAGCUCGCGGGGGUGCCUGAAAAUUGGCAUCGCUCAUGGCCCUGUGAAGGCUGGCGUUGUGGGCCACUCGAAGCCGCACUAUGACAUCUGGGGCAGCACCGUGAACAUGGCCUACCGCUUGACAAGCACAGGACAGCAGGGCGCUAUCCAGGUGGGCAAGUCCACUGCCCACGUGCUGCGUCGCAACAACAUCCGGUGCAGCUAUCGGGGGCAGAGUUGGCUGAAGGGCAUGGGCAACUAUCCCACAUAUCUCGUGGAUCUGGAUGAGACUCUCGAGUUUCAGUACAACGAUGAGACGUCCUCAGAACAGGACAGCGAGGAGGAAGAGCGCACUCUUGGCGGUAGCACGGGCAGCGACUGUUAGUCUUAGGAUAUUUUUACUUAGUAUUAAUAUAGAUUUAUUAAGAAUAUAUAACACACAUAGAGAUA